AUGGGUCGCAAGAAAUCCUCCUCCGUCGCCGCCGACGCCUCCAGGGACGUCCCCGCGCACUUAGUCACGACCGAGAUCGACGUCACGGCGCUCACGUACGAAGAAAUCCAAGCGCGACAUCGCGAGCAGCUCGAAGAAAUCGAAUCGCUCGUGACGAAACUUUACGGCGCGACGCCGGGGAAGAAAGACAAGGAAAAGGCCAUGCGCGCCGUCGGUGUGGUGAGCGAUAGACAUUAUCAAGAGAUGAUGGCGUGGGAAGACGCGAACGAGGCGUCGGAGGCGAACGAGACGAGCGAUGGGGAAGCGGACGCGAACGCGGCGGCGGCGGCGCUGCGCGACCAGGCGACGCUGACGAACGACGACGACGAUGACGAGAAGGAGGCGAAGGAAAGCGAUGAAAGCGAGAAGCAAAAGAAGCCGUCCAAGGCGAUGGCGCGCAAAGCGAAGCGUGCGGCGGAGGAAGCGGCGAGAGAGGCGAGGAUCGCGGCGGAAAAGGCGGCGCUGGGACCGAGCGCUCAGGCGAUGGAGAGCGAAGUCUUGAGGUCGAGAUUAGCCCCGCUCGGGUUGCGCGUGAAAGAAAUACGCGCUGAUGGCCACUGCUUGUAUCGCUCGAUCGAUGAUCAGCUGGUCAAGGUGACGGGGUCGGGGCACGAGGGCGGAUACGAGGGGUUGCGCGCGACGUGCGCGGCGACGAUGAGAGACGACGAGGAUUCGUUUCGACCAUUCAUCGGCGAUUGCGCCGAACAAACGCCCGAGGCGGACGAACGGUGGCGAGCGUACGUGCGCGAAGUCGAGAGUACGGCGACUUGGGGAGGUCAGUUGGAGAUCAUGGCGCUUUCGAAAGCGUUGCGGCGGCGGAUCCAGGUGUUUAGCGCGACGAUGCCCGUCGUAGUCAUGGGCGAAGACUUUGACGAGGACGGCGCGCUGCGCGUGGCGUACCAUCGGCACGCGUUCGGUUUGGGCGAGCACUACAAUAGCGUGGAAGACGACAAGAAAUAA